UCCUAUCGCGAUUAUAUUGUUGAGCUUGUGACCGAGUGCAGUAUGAAGCGGCAGAAUGUUAGGACCCUGUCAUUGGUGGUAUGUACCUUCACAUAUUUGUUAAUUGGAGCAGCUGUCUUCGAUAGUUUGGAAUCGGAUUUCGAAUCGAAACGUUGGGAUUUUCUGCAAGCGGUGAAGAAUAAUUUCAUGAAAAAAUACAAUGUCACGGCGGAGGAUUUUCGCAUGAUGGAAAUUGUGAUAAUCGAAAAUAAGCCACACAAGGCCGGUCCCCAGUGGAAAUUUGCGGGGGCAUUUUAUUUUGCCACUGUAGUUUUGGCGAUGAUAGGAUAUGGUCACUCAACACCGGUCACCAUUGGGGGUAAGGCGUUUUGUAUGGCCUAUGCUAUGGUUGGCAUACCUUUGGGUCUGGUCAUGUUCCAAUCGAUUGGUGAACGUUUGAAUAAAUUUGCCUCGGUCAUCAUUAGAAGAGCCAAGCGUUAUAUGCACUGCAGCCACACGGAAGCAACGGAAAUGAAUUUAAUGUUGGCCACCGGAAUGUUGUCAUCGAUUAUUAUCACCACCGGAGCUGCAGUAUUUUCUCGCUAUGAGGGUUGGAGCUACUUCGAUAGUUUCUAUUAUUGUUUUGUCACUUUGACAACAAUUGGAUUUGGUGAUUAUGUGGCUCUACAAAACGACCAGGCCUUAAUGAAUAAGCCAGGGUAUGUGGCCCUCAGUUUGGUUUUCAUUCUCUUCGGUUUGGCAGUGGUGGCUGCCAGUAUCAAUUUGCUGGUAUUGCGGUUUAUGACGAUGCAAGCCGAAGAUGCCAAACGCGACGAACAGGAUGCCCAAAAUUUGGCAGCCGCAAAUGCACCCGUUACCUUCGACACGGAACACAGUUACAAUAUACACGGUAAACUAUUGAAUAGUUCCAAUUAUAUGACAGAAUAUGAUGAGACGGCAUCGAUAUGUUCGUGCACCUGUUUGGGCGGUACUCGCUGUAUGAACCAUGAAACAUUUGCCGAUCCCGAUUUUAGACCCACAGAUAUUAUUGCCAGUACGAUUAGCUUGAAACGUGCCUCAGUCUGAUAUCAAUCUCUGCCCCAGUUGGCUGAAUGUGAUUGUUAUGGC